AUGAAGUAUUUAGAGCUGAUAACAACAAGAAACAUGGUAUCUGCUGCUACAGGAGCUGGCGCUAUUUUCCUGGUGGCCAAGACCAUCAUGGAAGGGAUCAAGAGUCCUCCUCAUAAUCCAGAGCCUCUUCCCUUAGCCAAACUUGCUUUAGCUCACCAGAGUAAAGCUGAGGUGGAUUCUGGAGAACUCAGAGGACUUUUGCUCUCUCUCAAUCCAAAGCUAGAUGCUUACUCCAAGAAUAUGAUACUCCACGGAAUCACCCGUUGUGUUUAUUUACUGGAAUCAGAGGCAUCUGCAUGUACUUAUGAGGAUAUUAAACUUGUGGCCUCAUUCCUGGAUGAUUCGGACAUGGGUGUCAAGAUUCAGACAAUGCAUGCUCUCAAGGCUUUUGCUGGCAUCUGGAAAUUUAGAAUCAGAAUUCAGGAAUUCAUGCCCAAGAUUCUUGAAAUGAUCACUGAAUUAUGGGACACCGAUAUACACGUUGCUGGACUGAGAUUACUGAAUGGAUUGCCGUGGCCAAAUCACAUGCAACCUCUCCUGAAAAAGCUCUUGCCCACCUUAAUGGACAUUCUGCAGAUGGGGACCAAUUUGGCUCAGGUGCAGAUUCUAAAAUUCCUUAGCACAUUAGCCCAGAAGGAGGAACUGUUAUUUGAUAUCAUGAAUUGCCAGGUGCAUCCAGAAUUCCUCAGCCUAUUCCAACCUUCCCAGCUUGGAAGCCUGCUCUUUGAGCUGCUCGUGCUCGUGGAACGGCUCUGUGAGGGUCGCCUGACUCCCCAUUACCAAUCAGGGCACUGGCAAUACAAUGAAUUGUCACUCUAUGAAGUCCUUUUUGGAAUCAAUUCUCGGCUAGCUGAUUGUCUUCUCUCCCUCAUCAUUCAUCCCGAGGAAGAAGUGCAGAUUCAAGCCUGCAGAGUUAUUCUGAAACUGCAAUUAAAUGAGGAGGGGGAAAUGGCUGGUAUCCAGAGCACCAAUUCUUCUUUCAGCAAAUUCUUCGGUGAGAUCAACACUGAUGGCCCCAAUGCUGAACCUAUCUAUUAGAUCAUUGCAAAAUUUAACACAGAAUUAAAUUAUCUUUAGAAAUAUAGAAAGAAAAUAAUUAUUUUGAAAAGAUAAAAUCUUUCGAAUUGGAAAGUGUAUAUAGGAGAAUAGCAGGUUGGUAUUCAGUCAAGGGACCAAACAAUCCUAGUGGCCUUGCACCAGUAAAAGAAGAAAAACUCUUCCUCAAUAGUAAUAUCCCAAAAGAGAGCAAUAUUGAAAGCAUCCGUCCAACUGGUAGAACCAAGAAGGGCCUUCUCUGUGGUAGCUCCCUCCCUGUGGAAGAUCAUCUUUGCAGAAAUAAAAUUGGUCCUCACCUUGAUGCUCUUUCAAAAGGCCCUGAAGACCUGGUUUUCCCAGUGGGCCUGGAGGUGGUUGGUUUAAUUGUUCUUGCCAGGGGGAUGAGGGUUUAUUGGAUGUUGUAUUGGGGCCUUUGUAAGACCUGGAAUCACUGUGAGUGAAUUGGGUGGUUGCAUAAAUCAGGGGUCUCCAAUCUUGGCAACUUUAAGCCUGGUGGACUUCAACUCCCAGAAUGCCCCAGCCAGCAAAGCUUAUUUGCUUUAUUAAAUUGCUUUAAUAAAUAAAUAAAUAAAUAAAUAUGACCCCCAACAUAAAAACAUAAUUAGUAUUAAACCAAUCACAGGCACAUAUUCCUAUGCCCAAGAGUCAAAGAAAAUGUAAAGCUACUCAAGAUGCAAACAUGGAAUUUCCCUGUCCCACCAUUUAUAUAACAUAUAGCAGGGGUGUCAAACUUGCGUUGUCACGGCAAUGUCACGUGACGUAUCGGAACUUUUUUCCCCUUCACUAAACUGGGUGUGGGCGUGGCCAGCACAUGAUACAUCCAGCCCACCGGCCGCGAGUUUGAGACCCCUGACAUACAGUAUAAUCCACUCUGGAGGAGGAUGACCUGGUGUUUUUCACUGAAUGAAUUAAUGAAGUAUAAAUAGGAAUAAAGCAACUAGAAGUUCUCAUACAUUUAUCACUUAUAUUCAUCCCAGCCCAUGCAUAUUUCCUUUGGAUUGAAAAGCAGAAAUGGAAGAAGCAGCAGCACAACAGAAGAUCUGAAAACUCCUGUAGUUGGAGGUUUGCAUAUAGAAUACAGUGAAAACAUGAAUAUCCUGCUCAAAGGCCUGCUCUUUCAUAAUCCCCCAAACUGAUAUGGACAGAAAAGUAUAAAGAUUAAUCCUAAACCAAGGUUUUUAACAAGAUACUUGUCUCUCCUCCCUAAUAUUUUCCAUCUUGAAACAGUCCAAUGUAGAGUGGCGAGGAGACCUUGUAUAUUAACUUGCAUGCACAUCAUGUAGCCUAGAGGUGGAGCUCUUCCCUCACAAUCAGGAGGUUGUGAGUUCAAUCCUAGGUAGAGGCAGAUAUAGGGUCUCCUGCUUGGACAGGGGUUGGACUAGAUAUCCUGCAAAGUCCCUUCCAACUCUGUUAAUCUGUAACUUCUGAUAAAUUAAAAUACUCAUGGGGCAAAGUAAGUUCUUUGAAUUGACCUCUUCAGAAAUCAGUAUUAAUGAUGUUUAUAAAUUUGGCAUAUAAUUGCUCUUUUUGUGCCUCAACCAUCAAUGAUGAUCGUAUUUUUGGCUAUUUCCCUGGCAAAGUUGCUUUGACAUGCAGGUAUUCUAGUGUGGAAGUGCAUCAACAUAUCUAUAGCAUUACAUUUGCUUGUGCUCGGGGGUCACUUUUCCACACCUCAUAGUUUUCUAGAGAAUGUACCUGGAAACAGGAAAGGCUUAUGGUGUUUUCAAGAGGAGCUAUUCAUAAAUCUUCUAAAUACAUUGACAAAUCAUUUCAUUUCAGAAUCCAUCUCUGGCAAGAAAUCUCCCCUGCUAAAAUAGUCCAAUCAGAUAUUUUACAUUAGAACAUUUAUUUCUCAGAGAGAAAAUAUAGUUUCAGACAGUCAGAUUAUAGUAGGUAAAAUUAGCAUUUUUCUUUACAAGCAUAGAAUUUAUUACCUCUUAUUUCAUCUGAUAUAAACAGUUCUAGAAAGCAAAUAAACUCACUUUCUACAAUAAAUAGAGCCAUCUGUGCUUUACAGCAGACUG